AUGGCAUUGAAAUGCCUUCAAAUGUUCAUAACUAAAGAAGAAAGCGAAAAAAUGAGGGGAGAGAAAUUCCCGGAGAAACGUCGAAACGUGACCGAUGUCCAGAAUACGAAAUUGAUUUUUCUUUUCUUUUGCCCGCCUCUAGAGUCUCAACGGAAAGCACUCAAGUUAGUUUGUUGGGUUACUGUUGCUAGUCAUAAAGUAUACGCCAGACAUCACCAGAUGUACUUUCGCGCUAAUGGAGUUUUUCAUUGA